AUGCCGUUCUCUAAACGGAUGGUGGAGCCGCAGCUGCUGUGCAGACACGCCGUGCCCGGUGAUGAGGGUUUGCUCUUCGAGGACCUGCGCUCCAUCAGCAACGUGGCGCUCGCGCGCAGCCUCCGUCAGCUCGCGGACCUGGCCAGGCACGCGCGCUCCAUCUUCCAGGAGCUCGAGGACGACGUCGUUGCUACGAGCCAGCGCGUGCGCCUGCUGCAAGGCAAAAUAGGCCAAAUGCAGCAGAGCGCAGCUGCGCUCGACCCCAAACUGGAAGCUGUGCCUGUGUCGAAUCUGGAUGUUGAGAGCAAGUUAACAUCCCACUAUCAGGCCCCAUGGCACCAGCAGCACAACAUGUUUCACCCCAGUACACGGCUGCCAUGUCUGGAAGAGCUGCACCGCCAUGCCCAGUUCAGUCUACGGGCACUACACAGAGGUGAGCUGCAGCGUCAGCGUUCAACCAGCAGAGAGCGCAGUCGGGUCACCAUAUCCAUCUCAGUGGCUCCGCCCAUGCCCACGUUCCCCUCCCCUCACUCCCUCAGGAGACAAGACCAGAAAAGUCGAAACUCACGUAUGCUGGACAGAGCUGAAUAUCAGACAGUACAGAGGAAGGAAAGAAGCACCAGAGAGUCAGACAUGCAGACUCUCCCCAGGAAAGUUAUCCAGCAACAGGACAGACCUUCGAGGGAGGUGGAGCUUCAGCCAGCACAGAAAAAGGUUGGAACUAAUACAAAUACUGAUGGGGAGUCGGUGGCUCUGGGACAUAGACCUAAGUGUCCCGUUCCCAACGUUCCUACAACACUGGACAAGCAGACCAACUGGUCAAAAGCCCUGCCACUCCCCACGCCAGAUGAAAGGAUGAAGAAUGAGUCUCAAGUCAUCUCAUCUUGCAUCAUCCCUAUCAACGUUACUGGUGCAGGAUUUGACCGAGAAGCUAGUGCUCGCUGCUCAUUGGUUCAUUCCCAGUCUGUAUUGCAACGACGAAGGAAACUAAGGAGGCGGAAAACUAUCACAGGCAUUCCCAGACGAGUGCAACAAGACAUGGACUCAGAUGAAUCUCCUGUGGCCAGAGAACGAUCUGUGGUAGCUCAUGGCAACCCACACAUGUCUCUGUACCAGGAAGAGCUGUCACUUAGUGGCCGAACAUUAAACACCAAGGACUCCGGCUGCCAGACCGAUGAUUUCUUGAUUGCUGCUCCAUCCCGUAGGCGUAUUCGUGCACAGAGGGGCCAAGGAAUUCCAGCUUCCCUCUCCCACUCCACUGGUAAUAUCACUUCAUUACCAGAUCGCUCUGAUGCAACCUAUACCACUGCUUUGGGCACUCGCCUGCGUUCAAGAAGUUUGCCCCGAGAAGGAAGUCGACUCCGGGACAAUGAUCAAGAUGACAGUGAUGAUGAUGAUGAUGAUGAUGAGGAAGAUGAUGAAGAGCUCUCUCCUUAUGAGGCCGAGGACUUCCUGCCAGGUCCAGGACGGAGGAUGCUUAAAGAUGAGGAGGAGAGUACUGAUGACCAAGCCAUGCCAGAGCUCCAGCUGGAUAGUUUAAAGAGGAUACAGCAUGGAGAUAGUCCUGAAAAUGCUUGGAUUGAGAGGGGUAGGUCCCGGCUCCCACGUAACCCUGACAUGGGAAGUUGUGAAAUCUCCUCCAGUUCAGACACCUUCAGCAGCCCCAUCCACUCUGUCUCAACCACAGGUGUGCUUGGCAGCCAAAUUGACCACAAAGAAGACCAUCAGUCUUCAAGUGGGAACUGGAGUGGAAGCAGCUCAACAUGCCCUUCACAGACCUCAGAAACACUACCACCAGCUGCCUCACCUCCCUUGACUGGUUCUUCACACUGUGAUUCAGAACUGUCUCUCAAUACAGGGUCUCAUAUCAUUGACGAUACUACUGGCUUCAUCAUUGACCCCUAUCACAUGGAAAGGUCACAAGGUCAGGGACCCAGGUCUAGUUCAUUCACUUCUUCAGCUACAGAUCAGAUGGAUGAUGCAGGUGUUAGUACUGCUAGUGAUGGGGAGUGGAACUGCAACCAGGACCAGCAGGAUCAACCUUGUCCUCCAGAUUUCAGCCCAAAGCACUCAAGGGAAGAUGAGAGUGGCAUAAGUUGUCCCAGUUAUUCUAGUGGCGAAACUUAUGAGUGCUUUAGUGGACAACCAUCGGGUGAAAUAUUAGAGAGCUCCACACAUUACACUGUUGACACUGAAGGCUUCUACACCUCUGUGCACUUGGACUGCGGUCUUAAAGGUAGCAGAAGCUAUUGCAACUAUGCAGCCAUCGACCCCGACUGUGGCCCAAAUGGGAGCAUUGCACCCGGAAUGGGUGAAUACCCUCAACCAGACUACAAGGGAAUGAGUACACUUGGAAGAGGGUGUUUUUCUUUAAGAAAACCAAAGGCUAAACCACCCCCACCAAAACGUGGUUCUUCUUUAAAGGAAACAAGCAGUGGUGCAGAUGUUCAAGAGCAGAAUGAACCAAAGAUUACUAGUGAGUUGCCCCUGCCUUUGUCUUCCAGGGACAUGAAGUUGCAGUUGGAGUUGGCUGGUUCUGACAGGCACAUUGACACUGUAGGUCUCUGUGACAAGCAGCUUGGCACCUGGGGUGUAGAGAAUAUCAGAGAAAUGUUAGACUGCUCCUCACCAUUUAGUUCUUCUGACACACAUUCCUUUAAGGAUGAGGGUGCUGUGCAGUCAGACUAUGCAGACCUUUGGCUCCAUAAUGACUUGAAAUCCAGUGAUCCUUACAGGUCACUGUCCAACUCCAGCACUGCUACGGGUACAACAGUUAUUGAAUGUGUCAAGUCACCAGAGAAUCUGGAAACUCAGGCCUGUUGCCCCAGGUCCAGACCCACCUCACCAACACUUCCACCACAAGAAGGUGACUUCAAACUGGGCUCUCCUGAGAAACUUGCAGCAUUGGCAUCCCCAUCAAGUGGAUAUUCCAGUCAGUCAGAGACACCCACAUCUUCCUUUCCAUCUGCAUUCUUCCCAGCUCCACUGUCCCCAACCAGCGGCAAGAGGAAACCCAAAGUGCCAGAAAGAAAAUCAUCACUCUCCUCUCUCCAACAGCAGCAGCACCAGCUGGCAUUUAGAGAUGCAGGCUCUUCCUGCAGGAGAGAUGCUGAUUCCCAGGCACCUCCUAGUCACCUUGACCUAAGUGCUCUUCACACCAAGCCCUUUGCCCACAGGAACCAGAUACACCUCCUUCACCAGAAUAAACAGAAAGCAGCUGCAGCAGCUGCUGCAUUAGCAGAGGCACGUGCUGCUGCAAGUGCAGAGGCAUCUAGCUCAACCCACACAGCAAUCACUUCAACUGUUCCGAGGUCAAUUCAUCUGCGAUCCAUGGAUAAACCAGCAGAGGGCAACCAUGGUUCUGAGCACUCUAUUGCUGAUCAAUCAACUCGACCCAGGUGUCCCACAGUAACAGUUGAGCAUGUGCCUGCUGAUAGCAGGCAUAACAGGAAGCCACCAGCCUACAAACCACCUGCUGUGCAGCACUGUGAAUCUCAGUGCCCACCUCUAGAAGCCAUUAUUAUACAACAUGAGGGGAUUAAAAUCAGGCAGGAAAGGCAUGGCCCAGGAACAUACUGGGCCAUGACUGCAUUCAGAACACCUGUGCAACCAACCAGUGAACAAGAAGACGUCUCAACCCCAGCAGCCCAGGCUUGUGAGGCCCGUGAUGCUCAGCAAGAAGCAGAGUGCAGCAGGUGUACAGAUGAGGAGGAAGCAUUGUCUGCAGAAAGUGUUAAAUGUGAACACAGUCAAGCACCCAAGCCACAACCUCUGGCAGAACCGUCCUUGAAUUUAAGCAGCACACAGUCUCCUCCUGCUUACAGCGAAGUAUGCAAGAGUGACUUUGUACUGUGCAGCAGCCCAGAAAAAGUGCCUGCCAGAAUUUUAGAAGCCUCAUCACACACUUACAUAAUCGGUGAUAUCAAAUGCAAAGAGGAGGCAUACGAGACAUGUGUCACUACCAGAAGUGCCUCACAUGAUGGACAUGAGGAAGAGUCAACACCAGACACAGAAGACUACUUCAGCAAAGACUCAACACCUAGUGACAAUUCAAAUUCUCCCGUGACUGAUGACUCCAAGUUUGAUGAUGAUAGUUUAUUCCCUUCGCCUAAUAAACUACGCACAACUGAAGAUCUGUUUGCCAUGAUACACAGAUCGAAGAGGAAAGUUCUUGGGCGGAAAGACUCAGGGGAGCUCAAUGGGAAGAGUCGACUUGGUGUUGCUCCUGUCAGUGGUCCAGUCAAUCAUCCUGUCAUGUGUCCAAUCACUCCAACUGUCCCAGCUCUUGCAUCUGCUUCUCAGAGAGCACCAGGACCCAUUUACAGGAGUGCCAAAAAAUCCAGUACCUCCAAUGAGGAGUUUAAGCUACUGCUGCUGAAGAAGGGCAGUCGCACCGACUCUAGUUAUCGCAUGUCUGCAACAGAAAUCCUCAAGAGCCCCAUCACUCCCAAGUCCCUAGGUGAACUAGAGGCUUCCAGACAACCAGACGAACCCUCUUCACCAAUGCAGGAGUCUGCAGCCAGCAUAGAGCCACCCCCCAGUACUUUCCCCAAGGCAAAUAUCGAGGGUUUCUCUACAAAACCCCUUACAAUGUCUGCUGCCUCCAGGCAAGGUCGUUCUAGGAUACCACCUGCAGCCAGCAGCAGCAGGUACAGUACUCGCAGCCGGCUAUACACUGCCCCAAUGCAGGCGAUCUCUGAAGGAGAAACUGAAAAUUCUGAUGGAAGUCCACAUGAUGACCGGUCCUCCUAG